GACACCUAUACCUCUAGUAUAGAGAGAGAUAAGAAGAGUUAGGUUAAGUGGAAGGGUGAGGUCUGUGACAUGAAUUGAGACAAUUUGAUAUAAGUAGGUAUAGAUAAGAUAAAGUUGCAAAAUAUAGUAAAUACUUACCUAAAUUAUCAUUUUUUCUUUUUUGUUCUCGGAUCUUUGAUCUCGUUGUGUUGCAAUAUUUACAUACAUAUUAUAUUUUACUAUACAUAUACGUACGUACAUUUAUAAGCAUAUCAUUUUUCUUAAGUGUUUUUAUUCGUCCCGACUCAUAUUUUUAUUCGCACCUUGCUACAGUAAAUUCUUUACAGCUGAGUCAUUAAUUAACAUAUUCGUUGAAUUAAUUUUACCCAAGCAAAAAUUAUCAUAAAGUCGUCAAAGACGAUCGUCUGCACACAUUUUGAAAAAGCCUUGAAAUGUUUUGGCCAUUUUAAACGCAAGAGCUCACUGUUUGUCAUCAAACAACCUCCAUCCUCCAUUUUGGCCUCAUGUUAUCUCCAGGAAAAACAGAUUUAAAAUAAAAUAAGAAGAAACACUAAUGUUUUAAAAAUAGGUACAUGCUCCAGAUGGAUGAAGUCACGUAAAUAAAAUAGUUUCCCUUGAAAACUGCGACCUACUAUAUAUUUUGAUAAAGGCUGAUAAGCCGUGUCUCGCAGACGAGACAACGAGAUGACCGCUGUAAUAAUAAUUAAGAUAUAAUAUAUAUUCUGUACAUUUACAUAUGUGACGUCGUGUGAACCGUAGCGUAAAGUGCCACUCCAAAACAUAUUAAUUAUAAAACUUUAAGCAAAGUUUUGUAAGGUCACAAAAGUGAUAUGGAGCCAAAACUACAAAAUAAAGCGAAUACAGACGAUGGCAAACCUGCUGAAAAUGUGAGGAAGCCUCUCAGCCUUGACGAUGUUUUGACCAAUGAGCUGGGGCAGUUCGGCUGGUUCCAACUACGGAAUAUUCUUCUAGUUGCUAUACCCAUUUUGAUGUCAGCUUUCCCUAAUGAGUACGUUUUCUCGGCAGCUGCUACGCCUCACAGAUGUCAAAUCCCAGAAUGCGGUGAGGUUGGCAAGUCGCUUAAAUAUGACCCUGAAUGGAUUUUAAACGCGGUGCCGAAGACUAAAUCAGGGUUUGCCAGUUGUGAGAGGUACUCCCCACAGGAUGUGGAAAGUAAUGGAACCUUGAGCUAUUGCCCUGCCACCCUGUUUAAUGCUUCCGAAACCGAGGCUUGCGAAGGAUUUGUGUAUGCUAAAAAUAACACAGUUGUAUACGAGUUUGAUCUCGCGUGUCAAGAUUGGUUACGAGCUCUUGCAGGAACUUUAAAUAGUAUUGGUACCCUGCUGGUAUUACCUAUAACUGGCUACAUUUCUGAUCGCUUCGGCCGAAGGUUCGCACUCAUCAUCAGUGUCCUCAACUUGGGCAUCAUUGGUCUCAUCCGCGCAUUCUCCGUCAACUACACAAUGUACCUGAUACUUCAAAUUCUACAAACUACUCUUGGUGCCGGCACUUACAGUUCGGCUUACAUUUUUGUUACGGAGCUGGUUGGCCCUAAGUACCGUGUCUUCACAAGUGCUACGUCAUCUUCAUUAUUUGGACUUGGCCAGGUGGUUCUUGGUGGCAUAGCUUGGCUAAUAUCACCUUGGCGGUCAUUGUUAGUAGCUCUACAUCUACCUUGCUUGCUGAUUAUAUCAUAUUACUGGAUACUCUCUGAAAGUUUACGAUGGUUACUUUCGAAAAAUAAGUUCUCAGAAGCUCGAGAAGUAUUGCAGACUAUUGCGAGGGUAAACAAAAAAAGUAUCAGUGAAAAGUCUUUAAAUAUCCUGUUACAACCAUCAGAACACACUAAAUCUCAACCAGCUGGUCCUGGAUUAGUACGUACUAUAUUAAGAUCUCCAGUUUUACUAAGAAGGGUAUGCACCACGCCAAUUUGGUGGAUCACUGCCAUCUUCGUCUAUUACGGAUUGUCCAUCAACUCUACUGGUCUCUCCGACACCAUGCAUUUGAACUAUAUUCUAACAUGUGCCAUCGAAAUCCCUGGUUUCUACACAGCAGUCCUUGUUUUGGACAGGAUCGGACGCAAGGCGACCUUAUCGUCAUGUUACUUGAUCAGUGCAGCAUGCAAUAUUGCCUUCGUCUUUAUUCCUAAAGAUUUGACGGUUCCACGGCUGCUAGUAUACUUGUUGGGGAAGUUCACCAUUUCAACUGUGAUGACAUCUAUGUACUUGUACACAUCAGAACUGUAUCCUACAGAGUUCAGGCAUUCGUUACUCGCCUUCUCUUCCAUGGUUGGUCGGAUCGGGUCGGUAGUUGCACCCCUAACUCCAGUUCUUAUGGACUAUUGGCAUGGGAUCCCCUCAUUCAUGUUCGCCGGUAUGGCCAUAGUAUCAGCACUGUUGGUGUUCACCCAACCAGAGACGCUAGGUUUGAGACUGCCGGAUACUCUAGCCGAGGCCGAAGCUAUAGGAAAGCCAGUGAGGACGAAUGACGAAUCUGUGAAAAGCUGAAAGAUAAAAAAUUAUAAUAUCGUAGUACUUAAUAAAUAAAUUUGUGAAAACAUUAUUAUGUUAAAUAGUGAAGUAAAUAAGACUGUCGUAGAAAAUUAAAGUAAUUUUUAAGAAACUAUUAUCUGUCGUUAAUAAGUAAGAUAAUAUUUAUGAGUAUACUCGAAUCAGUAAGAUUUGCAAAGUAUAAGAGGAUUACUCGAAAAAUAUGUCGUUACUAAAAUCAAUAAUUUUCCAGAUAUAUUAAUGUAUAUUGAAAACAUUAAAAGAUUAUGCAAUAAAUGGAUUAAAAGUAUUUAACUCGAUAAAAAAGGAUUUAGAAUAAAAAGUCAUUUUAAAAGCAGAUCAAUAAAUAAAUAAUUUGGAUCUCAAUAUAAUGAACGUAACAAUAUCUUGAGAAAUUCAGAUUUUUCGGGUUUCAUAUUAUUAGUUCAAUUCAAUUUCCGAAGGUGUGUCAACUAGGCACAGAUUGUUUUGUCAGAAAAAGACACUGUUAGAACUGUUAUGCAGAAAAUAUAUACUCAAACGACAAGAUGAAAACAGAGAUGGGAUAGAUAUAAAGGGUCGUGUAUAACUGACGAGCAAAAUAUUAAUACAAUGUAAUAAAUGUAAUGUGAAUAGACUGCAAUUAUUAAUCAUCUAUAUUACAGUAUUAAUUUUUCUGCAAAUUGUUGUUUUUUAGCUUGUAAGAAUUAAUAAAAUGACCAGUGUUGAAACAU